UCCCCGCCACGCGCCCCCUCAUCGCCCCUUCCCUGGGGACCCCCGCGGAUCCCCGCUGACACGACGCUAAGAGUAUCUGCCUGCCAGGCGGGGGACCCCGCGUCCAGCCGGGCGGGGCGGGGAGACGGUUUCUCUCUCUCUCUCUCUCUCUCUCUGCCUCCCUCUCCUCUCCUCUCCUCUCCUCUCCUCUCCUCUCUCUCUCUCACACACACACACACACACACACUCGCACACACACGCACACACACGCACACACACGCACGGAGCAUCCUCCCGUCAGGUCUCCUGGUCCAGCCCCUCCCGCCGUGCCUCCUGCUUCCUGCAAACCUUCUCCUUCUCUCUCCGAACUCCCCCACCCCCCCACCCCCACAUUCCCUCCGGCUCCAAGACCCCCCUCGCUGACCCCUACCCCUACUCCCGGGAUGGAGCGGAUGGAGCCAGCCCGGAGCCCCCCGAGGCCGGGGUGACUGUCCCCCGCCCCUCUCCUGCCUGGCCCCAGCCCCAAACACCAUGGGCCUGAGGGGUUUCUGAGGCGCCGGACGCUGAAGAUGACAGAUGCUGGAGAACAUAUUUGAUGCAUCAUAGAGAUUUGGCUCUACACUGUUCUGCUACGGGUACUCUUUAUACCCUUCUGCAUCUGUGAGUCUGUCUUGAACUGUGAGAACUGUGACUUUGUCAAGAACAGUGGCCCUGUUGAUGAUGCCAGCUUCCUGAACAGCUCAUGUUCAGGAAGACAGGUGCUCUCUUAAGUCAUGGCUUCUUCAAAGCUCCGAGAACCUGCGGAUGAGGUUUUUGACCUGGACUUGGCUGUGCCAGAGACCGUCAGACUGGACAGCAGUUUACACAAGGCCCGAGCCCAACUACUGGCCAAGGGCCGGAGACACAGGCCCUCCCGCUCGAGGCUUCGGGACAGUGCCAGCUCUGCAGAGGAUGGUGAAGGCUCCGAUGGGCCCGGAGGCAAGGUGACCGAUGGCUGCGGGAGCCCCCUGCACCGGCUGCGCUCGCCUCUGCACUCGGGCCCGGGGUCCCCAGCCGGGAGCUCCUUCUGCCUGGAGCCCCCGGGGUUGCGGCGCAGCCUGGACGAGGACGAGCCGCCGCCCUCGCCGCUCACACGCUACCGGCCCCUGCACAACGCCGCCUCGCAAGAGGGCCUGGCCGCCGCCUCCUGCUCACCGCCGCGCUCCGCGCCCUCGUCCGACAGCUCGCCCAGCUUCGUGCGCCGCCAUCCCCGCGCCGAGCCGCACAGCGAAGAUGACAGCCGGGAUGCCAGCCCACCUGAGCCCGCCAGCCCCACCAUUGGCCUGGAUAAGAAGACUCGCCGCAAGUUCCUGGACCUGGGGGUCACCUUACGCCGAGCAUCCACUAGCAAGAGCCGGAAGGAGAAGGGCAGCAACCGCCUGUCCAUGGGCAGCAGGGAGUCGGUGGAGGGGUCCGGCAGGUCAGGGGGCUCCCCGUUCCUGCCCUUUUCCUGGUUCACAGACGGCAGCAAGGGCUCGGCGUGUUCCGGCAGCACCACCUCCCCGGCCUGCUCCCCUAAACACGAGGGCUUCAGCCCUAAGAAGUCAGCUUCUCAGGAAUCCACUCUGAGUGAUGACUCCACACCCCCCAGCAGCAGCCCCAAGAUUCCAAGUGGUCCCCGGCAGGCGGCCAAGUGUUCCUACCCCUACCACACACUGUCCCAGUCUUCGGACGAGUUUCUGGAUGAACCUCUCCCCACCAUCUACCACUGGACCAGUCAGCAGGUGGGCCAGUGGCUGCACAGCCUCAACCUGGAGCAGUAUGCCGCUGAGUUUGCUGCGAGGCAGGUGGAUGGGCCGCAGCUACUGCAGCUGGAUGGAAGCAAACUGAAGAGCCUGGGGCUCAGCCACUCACAUGACCGGGCGCUCGUGAAGCGGAAGUUGAAGGAGUUGGCAGCGGCCGCGGAGAAGGAGCGCAAGGCCCAGGAGAAGGCUGCGCGGCAGCGUGAGAAGCUCCGGCGCAGGGAGCAGGAGGCCAAGAGGAGCUAGGGGGACGGGCGGGCGGGCACUGGCGGCUGCUGGGCUCUGAGGGCACAGGCCGCCCGGGGAAGUGGGGCCUGGGCACCAGGCUUGGGCUGGCCUGGCCCCAUGCUCUCAGGAGGAACAGCCCUCUCACCCUGUCUUCUGUCUGGACCCAGAUUCCUCAGAAAGGGAGACCCCAGGGGGAGGACCCAGUAAUAAAUCCCAUUUCAAGGA